AUGGACGGCAACAUGCUAAGAGGCGCGCCCUUCGGGGAUGCCCCUUCGACACCCAGUCGGCGCGAGUCCCAGUACAAGCCGCUGCACACCUUCGACCUCCCCAAGGGCACGGAGAAGAACUACGCUCACCAGUUCGCCGACAUGUACUUCCUGCGGCUGGCGCGGCUGAGGAAGGCGGUCAAGACAAAGGCACACGACGCGUGGGACGAGUUUGAGCUGGGGGGCGACAAGCCCGCGUUUGUCCAGCGCGUGCUCGACGUGCGGCAGGGCGAGCUGUGCUGGAUCGUCGGCACCGUCUACAUGGAGAUGGCGCUGAAGCCCAACGUGCUGGACGACAUCUCCAAGGAGCACUGGAUCGCCGCCCCGCCGCCCCGCGAGACGUACGUGUCCGGCGCCCAGGACGAGAUGAUGCUGGAGGACGAGUCGGGACGUCUGCGCGUCACCGGCGAGAGCCUGACGUCGACGUACGUCACCGGCUGCGUGUUGGCAGCGCUCGGCACAGAGCAGGCAGACGGCACCUUCCACGUCAUUGCGACCCAGUACGCCGACCUGCCACGCCAGCCCCGGCGCUGGGAACGCGACGAUGCGGCCCUGGCGCUUGCGAAGAAACAAACACCCAACCGCGCGGCCCCGGCGCGACUGGCCAUUGUCUCGGGCCUGCACAUCACCGGCGCAGACGACGACGAGCUGGCGCUCAACCUGCUGCUCGAGUACCUCGCCGGCGAAGCGACAGGGCCGCCCACACAGGCCGCCGCGAGCACGAUAUCGCGCCUCGUCAUAGCCGGCGAUUCGCUCUCACACGCAAGCCCCAUCCUCUCGCGAGACGACUUUGCCGAGAAGAAGAGCAAGAAGCACGCCUACGGCUACGACGCCUCGUCCUACAACGCCUCGCCCGCCGAACGACUGGACGAGCUCCUCUCCGACCUCCUGCCCUCUCUCCCCAUCACCCUCCUGCCCGGCGCAAACGACCCUGCCAACGUCGCACUGCCCCAGCAGCCCCUCCACCCGGCCCUCUUCCCCAAGAGCAGGCUCUACGCCGAGCCCCCGGCCAAAACGAACGAGACCAUACACGGCCUCGACACGGUCACCAACCCGUGGCAGGGCGACGUGGAAGGCUACCGCGUGCUGGGCACCGGCGGCCAGACGGUCGCCGACCUGCUGAAAUACGUCGACGACGUCAACGCGCUGGACGUCAUGGAGAUGAUGCUCCGCUGGCGUUGCAUUGCGCCCACCGCCCCGGACACGCUGUGGUGCUACCCCUUCCAAGACGACGACCCGCUGCUCGUCAACGACUGCCCACACGUCUACUUCGCCGGGUGCCAGGACCAGUUCGGAAAAAAGGUCAUCGAGGGCCCCGAUGGUCAACAAGUGCUGCUCAUCAGCGUGCCGCGCUUCCGGGAGACCGGGCAGCUGGUGCUGCUGGACCUCGAGACCAGCGAGGUGGAGCUUGUCGAGAUUGGCGUCGUGCAGCCUGAGUCGCACGUAACAUGA